GCCUCUGUCGCAUCUAAUCUCGCAAACAACGGUCAUGCCGAGUUUCUCAUUGCUCAAUCGGCCUCUCCGCUGCCUGCGGCUCACAGCUCCACGUCAAUGAAGUUUGACCCGGAUAUUGUUCUCAAUUCGACGCAGUCGGCUGUCUUCCUAAGCGAAAGAGAUGUCGCCGGCCAGAUUCCGUUGAAUUUCGUCACCACCUCCUCCGUGUCCCUUCGCGCAGCUUGUUUCGGCAAUAACAUUUACGACGAAGAUGCGGCGGGCCGAUGCAUCUCCAACUUGCUCACGGUUGGAUAUCGUCGCUUGAUCGUGGACCUCUACUGGUCGACUGACGCACGGAAAUGGCAGCUUUGUCCAGUCUCGAUACCCCAAGAUGCGACGGUUAUCAGCAUCUCUGGCACCUCGAGCGCAACUGCGACCGCGACCGCGACCAACGCAGCGCAAGCGACCGUCACCGCGGUGGCUAGCUCAUCGGGCUCGCUGCUCUACGAGCUCGGCUCAUACCGAUGUACCACCAAAGUCGACCUGGACGGCUUGAUCGACGUGCUCCGGGGCCAUUUCCAGCGUACCAACACGGAGCUGACCGCAUACAUUCGUUUCGUCUCCUUCAACCUGCACGCCGCCGCCAGCGCCGCCCAUCCGGACGAAGCCGGCUCGGUCGUGACCGGCGCGCAGCUCCCCACCGGCUCGGAGACCCUCAGCGCCAUCUUCGACGACCAACUCUCAUCGUACGUCUACACCCCGUCGGAGCUGGUGUCUGAGCGUGCCAACCUCAACAAGUCCUGGUUCGAAGUCGACGACAGCUACAAGCCGAUCACGGACUACUUCACCAUCCAUGAGGACGCCAAGGGCAUCCAAAGCACGCCGGACGGAUGGCCGUGCGUGAAGUUCGUGCAACUGGCGCGUGAGAAACGCCUACUGGUCGAGUACGCCGCAGUCGACCCCCAGCUGGCCGAGUACGACCUCUUCCCGGCUGGCAGCAGCAGCCUCAUCUUCCCGCCCUACUACCUCUCCUCGACGAUCUCCAUCUCCGUCGACUCCGCCGGCCAACUCGACACGACCUGCUACUACACACCCGGUGCGACCACCGUCGCCGAAGCCAACUCCUCCUGGGCAAUCUCCGACUACAUCCCUAUACCCGCCAUCUCCCAAGAUCGCAACGCAACCAUCGGCGACAUGGCCGCCGUGUCCGUCAACCUCACCGCGUGCGGCCUCACCCCUUCCCUCAACGACACGCUCUUCAACACCACCGCCGCCGACACCAUUGAGCCCUACGAGGACCUCUCGCUGGCCACCUCCUGGGCCUGGUCCAUCAGCCAGCCCGCAGACGCCAACGCGGACACCCAAGACGACGACGACGACGAUGACGACGACGACAGCGCCUUCGCCUCCAACGACCACUGCGCCGUGAUGGACCUUUCGCUCGGAGGCCACUGGCGCGCCGUGAACUGCAGCGUCAGCCGCCACGCCGCCUGCCGCGUCGGCACCAGCCCCUUCACCUGGCGCCUCUCGCCCUCCGCCCACUCCUUCGCCGACGCCUACAACCACGCCUGCCCGUCCAACACCUCGCUGUCCGUCCCGCGCACCGGCAUCGAGAACUCCUUCCUCUACCACUACCUCCUCACCCAAACCGACACCCUCGACCCGACCACCACUUCCGAAUCGCGCCGCGAGGUCUGGCUCGACCUCAACUCCCUCGAUGUCACCUCCUGCUGGGUGACGGGCGGGCCUGACGCCAGCUGCCCCUACGCCGCCGACCCCGGUGAGCUGGAGCGUCGCACCGUUCUGGUGGCAGCCAUCGCCAGCAUCGUCAUCUGUAUUAUUGCCGCGUUGACGUUGUUCGUGAAGUGUAAUGCGAACCGUCGGAAUUCGCGCCGGAAUAAGCGCCUCAUUAAGGGGUGGGAAUAUGAGGGGGUGCCUUCUUAGUCUGCCGGGGUGGGGUUGUUUCGCUCUUUAACGUCAUUUCGCG